CCAGUCAUAUGACCUGCAGGAGAACGCCGCUGCCAGCUGCUGGCAAUUCCACUUCCCAUAGCAGUUGUCAUGUCUGCCGGCGGGUGCUGCCUGGAGGUGUACAGCUGUAUCUUUGACUACAGCACUCCUCGUAUAGCGCUCAUUAAGAGCAGGAAGGUUGGGUUGUUGAACAGAGUCGUCCAGCUGCUUAUCCUCGCCUAUGUCAUUGGGUGGGUUUUUGUCUGGGAGAAAGGCUACCAGGAAUUUGACACUGUGGUCAGCUCUGUAACAUCCAAAGUGAAGGGAGUUGCUGUGACAAACACGUCAGACCUUGGUUUUAGGAUCUGGGAUGCUGCUGAUUACAUCAUACCAGCUCAGGAAGAAAAUGCCGUCUUUGUGAUGACCAAUGUCAUUUUAACGCAGAACCAAACACAAAGCCAUUGUGCUGAGCUACCAGACACUACCACAAUAUGCACUUCCAGUCGUAACUGUCGCCCUGGUUAUGUGAGCACCCACAGCAAUGGAGUACAGACUGGAAACUGUCUGGAUUAUAAUAAUACGGUCAAAACAUGUGAAGUUUUUGCAUGGUGUCCAGUAGAAAAUGACCUGAAUAUUCCAAAUCCAGCUUUUCUCAAGGAAGCUGAAAAUUUUACGGUUCUUAUAAAAAAUAAUAUCUGGUACCCUAAAUUUAACUUCACCAAGCGGAACAUAUUGCCAAAUAUAAGUGCUGAGUACCUGAAAACCUGCGUGUAUGAUCGUUUAAUGCACCCGUUCUGCCCCAUAUUCCGGCUGCGCAGCCUAGUAGAGGAGGCUGGAGAAUCUUUUCAGAACAUGGCUAUACAGGGUGGAGUUAUGGGAAUCCAGAUUAGUUGGAACUGUGACCUGGACAAGAGGCAUACAUAUUGUGUUCCAAAGUACUCAUUUCGGCGUUUGGACAACAGAGAAUUGGAUCACAAUGUGUCUCCUGGAUAUAAUUUCAGAUAUGCUAAAUACUACAAGGAUUCUAAGAAUGUGGAAUCAAGAACACUUAUGAAAGUCUAUGGGAUCCGCUUUGACAUCUUGGUGUUUGGAACCGCAGGAAAAUUUGACAUCAUUCCAACGAUGAUCAACAUCGGAUCUGGGGUUGCGCUGCUUGGGGUGGCAACUGUGCUGUGUGAUAUCAUUGUCUUCCAUUUCUUUAAGAAAAGAUAUUAUUACAGAGAAAAGAAAUACAAACACGUGGAAGAUUAUGAGGAAUUGGAUAAUAACGGAUCAUAUGGAUCAAACCCUUGACCCAAGGAGUAACUGGAAAUUCGUAAUAAGUUAGCAUUGUGAAACACUACAGGAGAAAGGCCUGGGAACAAACAUUCCACAAUCAGCGGUCGUCUCUGGGUUUAUGUUAUAAGCCGGAUGAAGUCCAGAUAACUGUAACAUUUCACUUCUCUAAUCAGCAGUUGGCCAGGUCAUUUCAUUUUUUUCUCUCCUCAUUUUAGUAUACUGUGAAUGUGUUUGUAUAAGUCUAUUACUAUUGAAAGUCUGUCUACUAAAGGGCUUUGUACAUACGGGUGUUGAAAUCUGGCAUUCAUCUCCUAUCCUUACAGUCUGCUAAAUGCACUUUAACACGGGUGGCUGUGACAGAUACGAGAAUGGUCAUGUACUGUACACACACAUUCUGAUAUAGCUUAGCCGUACAAAAAUGUCAGCAUUUCCUGGGGCAUUACUGUCCAGCACAGAACGCAUUGGGUUGCAGGGAAGCUAUGUGACCACGCUGUAACUACUCUAAAGCAUGGACAACGUUUUCUCUUGGCUUGUUGCAGAUCUUGUUGCUUAAUUACUCAAAUGUACAGGGCCAUAAGUUUAACAAGAGAAUUACAUUCUAAUGAGUUUUUCUUGUAUAUGAUUGUACUUCCUAACAAACCCUUGUUUCCUUAAUGGAAAUUUGAAUGUUUACACAUUAUUCUGUUAUUCCAAAAUUAUGGCCAGUGAAAGACCGCUCUACACAAUGUACUUUAAUUUAUGCAAAUGUCAUGUGUUUUAUAAUACUACUUUCAAUGCACAAAACUAA